UAUUGAUCUUUUGUCUUAUUGAAAUUCUAUUAAUGGACUCAAAAUCUCUCAAUCUAAAGUGAGUCCAAUGAGCAGCCCAAUAAACAGUGACUAACAGCAAUUAACACAGUGUAUACAAUUUUACUAUCUCAUAUGGACAGUUUGUACUGUUCGGACUAACAGCUUUUAUCUCGAUUAAAUUGUUCAUCACUAAAUGAAUACCUUGUUGUUUUCCGUUAGUGUUGUUUCGAAUAAAUUACAUGCUAUACACAUUUAAUUAAGUUAUUUAUUGUAUAUUUACUCUAAAAAAAUUAACAUACAAUUUUAAGUUAGAUUCUGUUAAUAUGUUAAAAACUUGUUUUGGGUGUUGCCCCCUGCGCAAUGGCGUUAGCGUAAUUGCUAUUGUAAAUAUAAUUUGGAAUAUCCUAAUGCUGUUAUUACAUGUUAAACAUCGUACUAAUCAAUACUCAAAAAUAGACUUCGAAGAAAGGAACACGACAUUAUAUGAUGAUGAUAAAAAAGACUCUUUUCAAAGUACACAAUGGCAAAAAAUAUCUGCUUUAACUGAUAUAUUCAUGGACUAUAUAUUCAUAUUCGCUGCUAGCUGGAUCGCAUUGGAAUUAAUAUCAAAUAUUGCUCUUAAACAGUCGACCUUCAAACAAGCGCCACACAAAAUCUAUGUUUGGUUAACAGUUUAUUCUGCAAAUCUGUUAUUUAUGUUAAUCCAUUUAGCUUAUUAUAUGUCAAUAAUAAUAAAGCAUUCAAUUCGGUUGAAUAACAUAGACAUAAUGGGCGAUGACUUUGGAAAUUUUUAUCAAAAAUUAAUGUACAUAAUAAUUAUUUUGUUUGAAAUUACUAUUAUCUACUCAUACUACAUCACAGAACAUAAUGAAAGGUUAAAUACGCAUGUACAACUCAAAUGGAAAUACAUAUCCAAAGGAAAAAUUGAGUCUCAAGGUGUUGAUAUUGCUCAUACAUCAGCUUUCAUGACUUCAACAUCACGUCAAACUCAAGAAAGAUCUAAAUUACCACCGUACAUAACCAAUGUUCUACAGGAUAGUUAUGUAGUCUAUAUUAAUUCUUCAUUGUUGUCUCAAAUUUUCCAUGUAUUACCUACAUUAGCGUUUAGAGUUAUCAUGUUAUAUUCAUGUUUUGGAUGUUGUUCCAUUCGUACCGGAAUUAAUUACAUUACUUUUUUCAACAUGUUGUGGAUCACAAUAGCGAUGAUGAUCAAUUUCAUAGUCCGUUCAACACUCAAUGAAUUCCACCAUGAAAUAAGAAUAGAGCAAACGCCGCAAACGUUCAAUGACCAACAAGAUUCUAAUGAAACUGUUCAACUGACGAAUCUAAAUUCUACGACCGAUAUUUUAGAUUUGCUUGGUGAACCAACGCUAUUAAUGAGUGAUUUGUUCCUGGACUACAUACUCAUAGUAAGAACGGCAUUUCAUGUAAUGGAAUUCUACUUAAACGUGAGCUUGAAACAAUCAUCAUACACAGUUUCACCUCAACGGAUUUAUGCUUGGUUAGUAAUUUACUACUUCAAUUUGGGUGAAGCAAUAAUUGUUCAAUGUAUGGAAAUCGGGAGGCCUUCGUUUUCGAUGGAUUUUUUUAAGUGUUCGGAGUUCUUCCAUAUUAUAGUUAUUGGAGUUGAAUCAUACGUUGUCCAAUCAUAUUACAAUCAACAGAAAUUGGCUGCUGUAGACAAUUAUGUUGCUUUAAAAUGGAAAUAUCUUCCGGAACCUAAAAUGAAGUUUAACAAAUCAGCCAACACAACAACAAUAACAACGAUGAGAUGUGAUCUACCACAAGACGAGUCUGAUUACAUUCCAAUAUUUGUAAAAAACAUUAAAAAUUGUAAUCAUUAAAUUAAAACUUACAGUUAUUUCCAUUUGA